AUGGCCUCCGGAGCUGAUUCAAAAGGUGAUGACUUAUCAACAGCCAUUCUUAAACAAAAGAAUCGUCCCAAUCGGUUAAUUGUCGAUGAAGCAAUCAAUGAGGACAACAGUGUGGUGUCCUUGUCCCAGCCCAAGAUGGAUGAGCUGCAGUUGUUCCGAGGUGAUACAGUGUUGCUGAAAGGAAAGAAGAGGCGGGAAGCUGUGUGCAUUGUGCUUUCUGAUGACACAUGUUCUGAUGAGAAGAUUCGAAUGAAUAGAGUUGUUCGGAAUAACCUUCGCGUACGCCUAGGGGAUGUUAUCAGCAUCCAGCCAUGCCCUGAUGUGAAGUAUGGCAAACGCAUCCACGUGCUACCCAUCGAUGACACGGUGGAAGGUAUCACUGGCAAUCUCUUUGAGGUAUACCUUAAGCCAUACUUCCUGGAAGCUUAUCGACCUAUCCGGAAAGGAGACAUUUUCCUUGUCCGGGGUGGAAUGCGUGCUGUGGAGUUCAAAGUAGUGGAGACAGAUCCUAGCCCUUACUGCAUUGUUGCUCCAGACACAGUGAUCCACUGUGAAGGGGAGCCUAUCAAACGAGAGGAUGAGGAAGAGUCCUUGAAUGAAGUAGGCUAUGAUGACAUUGGUGGCUGCAGGAAACAGCUGGCUCAGAUAAAAGAGAUGGUAGAGCUGCCCUUAAGACAUCCUGCCCUAUUUAAGGCAAUUGGUGUGAAGCCUCCUCGGGGAAUCCUGCUCUAUGGACCUCCUGGGACCGGGAAGACUCUGAUUGCUCGAGCUGUGGCAAAUGAGACGGGGGCCUUCUUCUUUUUGAUCAAUGGUCCUGAGAUUAUGAGCAAGUUGGCUGGUGAGUCUGAGAGCAACCUUCGUAAAGCCUUUGAGGAGGCUGAGAAGAAUGCUCCUGCUAUUAUCUUCAUUGAUGAGCUGGAUGCUAUUGCUCCCAAAAGAGAAAAAACCCAUGGGGAAGUGGAACGGCGCAUUGUAUCACAAUUGUUGACCCUUAUGGAUGGCCUUAAGCAGAGAGCACAUGUGAUCGUCAUGGCAGCAACUAACAGACCUAACAGCAUUGACCCAGCCCUACGGCGAUUUGGUCGCUUUGACAGGGAGGUAGAUAUUGGAAUCCCUGAUGCUACAGGACGUUUGGAAAUUCUUCAGAUCCAUACCAAGAACAUGAAGCUGGCGGAUGAUGUGGACCUGGAACAGGUAGCCAAUGAGACUCAUGGGCAUGUGGGUGCUGACUUAGCAGCUUUGUGCUCGGAGGCCGCUCUGCAAGCAAUCCGCAAGAAGAUGGACCUUAUUGACCUAGAGGAUGAAACCAUUGAUGCUGAGGUCAUGAACUCCCUGGCAGUUACAAUGGAUGACUUCCGGUGGGCCUUGAGCCAGAGCAACCCAUCAGCAUUGCGGGAGACUGUGGUGGAGGUGCCACAGGUAACCUGGGAGGACAUUGGAGGCCUGGAGGAUGUGAAACGUGAGCUUCAGGAACUGGUCCAGUAUCCUGUGGAGCACCCAGACAAAUUCCUCAAGUUUGGCAUGACACCUUCCAAGGGAGUACUGUUCUAUGGACCUCCUGGCUGUGGGAAAACCUUACUGGCCAAAGCCAUUGCUAAUGAAUGCCAGGCUAACUUCAUCUCCAUCAAGGGUCCUGAGCUGCUCACCAUGUGGUUUGGGGAGUCUGAGGCCAAUGUCAGAGAAAUCUUUGACAAGGCCCGCCAAGCUGCCCCCUGUGUACUAUUCUUUGAUGAGCUGGAUUCAAUUGCCAAGGCCCGUGGUGGUAACAUUGGAGAUGGUGGUGGAGCUGCUGACCGAGUUAUUAACCAGAUCCUGACAGAAAUGGAUGGUAUGUCCACAAAAAAGAACGUUUUUAUCAUUGGUGCGACCAACCGGCCUGACAUCAUUGAUCCUGCCAUUCUGCGUCCUGGCCGCCUUGAUCAACUCAUCUAUAUCCCGCUGCCCGAUGAGAAGUCCCGUGUUGCCAUCCUGAAGGCCAACCUGCGCAAGUCUCCAGUUGCCAAGGAUGUGGAUUUGGAGUUCCUGGCUAAGAUGACUAAUGGCUUCUCUGGAGCUGACCUGACAGAGAUAUGUCAACGUGCCUGUAAACUGGCCAUUCGUGAAUCCAUCGAGAGUGAGAUAAGGCGAGACCGUGAGAGACAGACCAAUCCAUCAGCCAUGGAGGUAGAAGAAGAUGAUCCAGUGCCUGAGAUACGCCGAGAUCACUUUGAGGAGGCCAUGCGCUUUGCCCGCCGUUCUGUCAGUGACAAUGAUAUUCGAAAAUACGAGAUGUUUGCUCAGACCCUUCAGCAGAGUCGGGGCUUUGGCAGUUUCAGAUUCCCUUCAGGAAACCAGGGUGGAGCUGGCCCCAGUCAGGGCAGUGGAGGCGGCACAGGUGGCAGUGUGUACACAGAAGACAAUGAUGAUGACCUCUACGGCUAA